AUGGAGAACGUUACUUCUGCAUUGUGGAAUUCUUCCCUCCACCAGCUGAGCAAUGUUUCCUCACCCUUUGUUACUGCUUUCCUGCAGUUUUCAGCCACACUUGUUGUCCUGGCUUUCGCUUUGUUUUACCUCCACAAGUUCCUGUUUGUGGACAAGGGGAGAGACAUGCAACCCCGUCUUCCGCCUCUCCUUGUCAAACCUUGGCCUAUUGUGGGAAGCCUCCCUGAAAUGGUCCGGAACAGGCCGACGUUCAGGUGGAUACACCAGCUGAUGAAAGAUGCCAACACUGAGAUUGGGUAUAUCCGCUUUGGGAACGUGCAUGUAAUUACCGUCACUUGUCCUGAAAUCGCCCGUCAAUUCCUGAAAGAGAAGGACGCUGUUUUUGCGUCAAGACCAACUAUCAUGGCCGCGGACUUAACCACCAAAGGCUUCUUAACAACAGCUCUUGUUCCCAUGGGAGAUCAGUGGAAGAAGAUGAGGAAGGUGCUGGUCAAUGAAAUGCUUGCCCCAAUCCGACAUCGGUGGCUCCAGGAGAAAAGAGAUGAAGAAGCUGAUAACCUUGUGCGUUACGUGUAUAACCUGUGCGUAUCUGCAGGCGGGCUGGUAAACGUGAGGGUGGCAUCACAGCAGUAUUGCGGGAAUGUACCUAGAAAUAUUCUUUUCAGCAGGAGGUACUUCGGGGAGGGUAAGGAGGAUGGUGGGCCAGGGUUUGAAGAAGAAGAGCAUGUUAGUGCCGUUUUCACUAUUCUUGCCUAUCUUUACUCGUUUUGUGUCUCUGAUUACAUGCCAAGGUUGAGAAGGCUUGAUCUGGAUGGCCAUGAGAAAGUCAUGAAGGAGGCUCUAAGGAUUAUCGGAAAAUACCACGAUCCCAUAAUCGAUGAGAGAAUUCAACAGUGGAAAAAUGGUGAGAAGACUGAGGAAAAGAAAGCGGACGACUUGCUUGAUGUUUUGAUCUCUUUGAAAGAUAAGAAGGGUGGCAUCCUCCUCACACCGGAUGAGAUCAAAGCUCAACUAACUGAAUUUAUGAUUGCAACGGUGGAUAAUCCGUCGAACGCGGUGGAAUGGGCUCUAGCUGAGAUGCUGAACCAGCCCGAGAUACUAGAGAAAGCUGCGGAGGAAAUCGAUAGGGUUGUUGGAAGGGAGAGGCUAGUGGAAGAAACUGAUUUCCCCAAACUCAACUAUGUCAAGGCAUGCGCCAGAGAAGCCUUUAGGCUCCACCCGAUUGCACCGUUCAAUGUCCCUCAUGUGUCCCUGGAGGAUACGACCGUUGCUGGUUACUUCAUCCCCAAAGGAAGUCAUGUGCUUCUCAGCCGCACCGCUCUGGGUCGGAACCCUAAAGUCUGGGAAGAUCCACUCAAGUUCAAGCCAGAGCGGCACCUCAUGGAUAAGGAGGAUGGUGUUUCACUGACGCUGACUGAAGCAGACCUGCGCUUCAUCUCCUUCAGCACUGGCAUGCGUGGGUGCAAGGGCAUCUUGCUCGGGAGCUCAAUGACCUUCAUGGUCUUUGCAAGGCUGCUGCAGUGUUUCAGUUGGAGCAUCCCGCCAGCUAAUGGGCCGACCAUCGACCUGACCGAGGCCAAGGACAGUCUGUUUAUUGCGAAUCCGCUGGUUGCAGUUGCGAAGCCCAGGCUUCCCCCUAAUAUGUAUCCCGUCCACCUCGCUUAGUUCACCUUUUAUCAACGUUCGUUUAGGCUGUUAAAGCUUUUAAUAAUCGAGUCUAUCAGAACAAUAUAUAGUAUGUGUGUAUCAAGAACAAAGCAUGCAUGUUGCACUGCACUGCUUCCAACUAUGUUAUGCUUUUAUCAAUAUAUAAGUAUGUAAAAGGCGGAUGAGUUGACGUCCCCAUCAGUUGUAC